AUGGGCUCCUACUACGACAUCGACGCCAUCCUCACCGAUGCCCAAAAAGUCCCUUGCACCUUCGACCUCGACAUCCCCGGCCUAGGCUACCUUGACGAAAACGCAGGUGGAGAUAUCAAAGCCGGCACCCGCGUCUCCCUUCCCCUCUGGCUCAGCACCCUGCUCGCGGUCCAACGUCUCGGCCCCUCUUCUCAACAAUUAUGUACGCUCGAUUUGCCGGCUUCUAUAUCGCCAAGGGUGUUGGCCGCGUUGAAAGCGGGACCGAAGACUGUGGAUCUGAGGCAACUGGCGAGCCAUUAUUAUGAGCUGGCGGCUAGGGUGCUGGAACUGUUUGAGGAGGAGGAGAUUGUGGAUGUGUUGGGUGAGACAUUCAAGGAAAGAGCAGCUGAGAUUGCAGACCAUGCUCAUAAUCCGCGAGGAGCAUUGGGGGAAGCACAGGAUUUCCUGAGGGGACUGGAUGAGAUGGAGAGACAGUUGUUCCGAUCUGCUCAUGGUAGUUCCAAUGCUAUGCGCGAGUGGAUGGGGGAGACAAAGAAGAAACGCUGA